AAAUAUGACGUUCCAAUUCAAUCGCACCUCUCCGAGAAUGCCGACGAGAUCGCGUUCGUGGCCGAAAAGUUUCCUAAUUUACCGAACUACACUUCGGUAUAUGAUAACCAUGGCUUGUUGAACAAUAAGACCAUAAUGGCGCACGGAAUACACUUGUCACCGGAAGAAAGAGAUCUCAUCAGGAAACGCAGCGUGGGAAUAUCGCAUUGUCCGAAUUCUAAUUUUUCACUCUGUUCAGGAGUGUGCAAUGUGAGACAAUUGUUGAACGAGGGAAUUAAGGUUGGAUUAGGUACGGAUAUUAGUGGCGGAUUCGCAAAGACCAUAUUAGAUUCAAUACGCAGUGCAAGUUUGGCCAGCAAGGUCACUUACAUGACAACGCCCAGAGAUGGAAACAAUGGUGAUAACCAAAAACCCUCGCACAUCACACUUAACGAGUUGUUCUACCUAGCAACGAUGGGCGGUGCAAAUUUGGUGAACCUCGAAAAUGUUAUCGGAAACUUUGAGGUCGGAAAAGAAUUUGAUGCCUUGUUAAUCGAUCCCGAAUCACAUCAAUCGCCGAUAAAUUGUUUCGAAGGCAUAGAUGACGAUAUCGAGAGGGUGUUUGAAAAGUUCAUAUUUCUCGGGGAUGAAAGGAACAUCCUGAGGGUUUACGUUAGGGGAAAGCUGGUCUCUGGAACCGAAUAUAAAGAGGAUUGUUAA